UAACACUGUAAAUUUGUCAGUUUUCAGAUUUUCACGAAAUUUGGUACACAGAUAAGAGCUGACCCUACGGAAGAACAUAGGCUUUUUAUUACGUAAAAAGGGGUAGAAGUUGUUUAAAGAGGGGAAUUAAAGAUUUUGAGUAAACUUUAACGAGUAGCAGCUAUUCAGCCACAGAAAUCUGUGAAGUCAGCACAUAAGAGAAAAGCAAAGGGCUCAAGCUUUGUCGUUGUCUGUCACGACGUAGAUUUCAAUGUCAAAACAAAAGACAUUUGAUGGUGUUGUGAUGGUGUUUUGUGCGCGCUCGUUAUUAUUUACAAUUCAAAACACUACGAGUUCAUACCUAUGUAAUUUUAAUUGAUUUUCAUUAAAUAUUCAAUCUCUCUGCAACUUCCAACCAUAGAAAAACAAAAUGCUGGAUAUUUGGAAUGAUUGUAAUCUCUUGCCACCUCCAAUAUGUACUACUCUACACACCGACAAAAUAGAUGUCAAAAAGUUGAAACAUAUCUUCCACAAUAUAAUCAACAUAUUAUCAAGACAAUCGCCACUGCACAAAGAAAGUGCUCUCCUGUCCAGGUUUCUGUACAAAUUUGAUAAAAAGUUUCGCAACGACAUUGGCUACAGAAACUUCAAGAAGGUGAACACUGCUUUACGAAAAUAUUUAUCAAUGAAUCUGUUGAAAGACGUUGAAAGUUUCAGUUCUGUUCUACCAUCGUCCGGAGAAGAAUUAUAUCUUCCGACCAGACAGAUGUUACAGUAUAUUCUUAUAAGAAUAAUAACAUUUUCAAAAAUAAUGUUUAGGACUUGUGUUUGUUCAAAACAAUCUGCUAUAUUUUAUAUGGACAGGUUGAAGAGGGGCGAAAGUCAUUGGAUGUCGCUGAUGCCGUAUAGUCUUUUAAGUCGGAUAUGGUCCACAAGUUUAGUUCUACUAGAACAUUCUACGUCUUGGUAUACAGAUUUGUAUAAGUAUCAAGACAAAUUGGUAUUGAAAGGGCUUGAUUUAUUACCAAGUGGAUAUGAGUUGCCUAAUGAUUUUCAAACUUGGUUGGACUUGGACAAUAUUGAUAGCUAUGGAAAGUUCAAUUGGUCAAUUGAAAAACAGAAAUUUGAUCCGGGAAUCUUGGAGAACGAUGAAAGCGAUAACAUUUUGGAUUAUGUAAAACAAAUCAAUGAGGAAUAUGCUGAAAAUGAUGAUUUACCUGAGCCUGAUAAAGUAAUAAGUGAGGAAACACAGCUUGCCAUUAUAGAAGAGCUUCCUGUUAUUGAUAAGGGUGAGACAAUAUCAAGGGAUUAUUUUAAAAAGUUCUUCAAAACUGAAUCAGUUCCAGAUAAGAACAGCCAUACAUCAGCUCGAGUUACAAACAAGUCUUCACUACAGCAGUUCUUGAAGAACGAGGAAUCAUUAAGGAAUGAUGGUGAUGAUCAAUCAUUAACUAAACACCUUAGUUUCAUGCAAUGGCAAGUACUGAAAUCAUCAUUAGAAAAACUGAAUGAGUCUCUGGCUAAUAACAGGAAAAUUGAGAGAAAGUUCCAGAAGAUCUGGCAAGAAAAAUGUUUAGAUUAUAUUUAAAUAAAAAGGUAUUAAAAAGAGAUAAAGAUUGUUUUUAUAUUUUUGUUUGUAACAACUACUGGACCAGUUAUGACGAAAUUUGGGACAGAGAUAGAAUAGACAAGAUACUUUUUUCUGCAAAUUCUCACGAUAGCAAAGCUCAGCACAAAAGCUAGUAUUCAAUAAAAAGAUUUCUUAAUUUUUAUUAUUUAUUUGGUAUGUACAAUACAAUAUACUUAUUACAGCACCAUUUUUAUAUAGUAACAUUGGAAACUGACAAUAAAUAAGCUUUAUAGGUAUUUUUCUUUUACAUAA